AUGGAGGCCAUCUCUCUCGCCGUUCGGAGUGGGACAAAGGCCGGCAUGGAGAUGGAGGUCGAGCAGAUCCUCUCCUUCGCCACAAACUAUGUGAACAACAACGCCGAUUUGGCCUGCCAUGUCCUCGUGCAGAACAGGAUACCAGCCGACGCUGUUCUCGAGGCGGCCAUGAAAACAUGGCUAAUGGCAAGAGAGAAGGUGUAUGCUACCCUGCUGGAGCAGCUACUCACCUCCUUCGCUAAUCCAUUGGAGGACACCCAGCUGAGGGAGUGGGAGUGCCCCCCCAAACCCCAAUAUUCUGUCACCGAGAAGAGAGGCGGUCGAAGACAGGACCCCAAAUGCCCCUUCUUUCUCAUCAAUGUGAAGGUGUCGACCAAGACGGCGCAGAUAUCGUGGUCGAUGAAGAAGCAUCCCCGCUUCCCCCGGGAGCGAGCGAUGCACGAUGCUUUACGUGUCGCACGCCUGGGCACAGGAACUCAGGGAUUUCAUGUAGAGCAGGCAGGGGAAGGCGGGCAGCCAGGUGCCCUCUCCUACUUCAUGGAUGCCACAUACAGUGGGUGGCCGCGGCCCAAGGAGGGUAUCUUCGAGGAAGGCUCUUCUGUGCCUCUCAGGGAUGUCGCUGUUAUCAAGAGGUUGCCUGGUGGUGAGGGGAUUUCUGUCAUGUCCUAUGUUCAUGGACUUGGUGUUAAGCUUGAUGACAUCCUCUUUGUGUUGCACGUCCCGGCCGUCUGCCGCAAUGCCCCUGAGAUUUACCGAGCAGAGGAGCAAGACAAAAAUAUUGAGCGUGAGAAACAUGAUCAUCAGGGGAGUGAGGAGCUGGUGUGCAGCCCAGAGGAGUUCAUGCUCCAAAGACAUGAGCAAGAGGGGGAGAAGCUGGAGCGCCUGCGGAGGAGAAGGGAGGACAGCAAAAAACAUAGAGAUCUACGCAAGGAAAUGAAGGAGGCUGUUCAUCGGAUGAAUGGUAUAGCAAGGACUUCAGAAGAAGAAGAAGAGCAGCAUGAGGAGGAGUAUGACCCAAUGCUUCCGCCGUACCUGUUUCAGGAAGAAUGUGGUCUGGUGAAACCAUUGGAAGAGCUGUGCCAAAUGCGCGUCUCCUUCGUGGUUGUGCCAUGGCAACUGAAGUUUCUUGUGGAGCACAAUAUGUGCUGGUUGCUUCGGUGGACGAAGACCUUGACUGAUCAAGCUUAG